CGCGACACGUUCUUUGAAUCAUGUUAGAGCUAAUCGUGUCAUCGGAUUGUUGGUACAUUUGUUCACUAAUUAUUUAGUAAGCCACGGAGUUCCGUUUAGUUUAAAGUUUUUUUUUUUUUAUUAUUGUGGGUGAAUUUUUAAAAUGAACCACAGUUGGGCGCUUUUCGCGGCAAUUGCUUGCGCUAUUGUCGCGCCUGCUCUUUCCGAAGCACCACUUGGCGGCUACUUGCCUCCGUCGACCAGCUACGGAACUCCGAAUUUGGGCGGAAGUACCUUUGGAGGAUCAACAUCUGGUGGAACCUUCGGAGGGCAACCAGCCAGCCAGUACGGACCUCCAUCUUCCGGAGGAAACUUUGGAGGACAGACACCUUCAAGCCAGUACGGAACUCCGAACGCUGGUGGAAACUUUGGUCAGGCACCAUCGACCCAGUAUGGAACUCCAUCUGCUGGUGGUAACUCCUUCGGUGGUUCAACUGCGAUAGCAUCUGCUGGAGCCACCAGUUUCAGUCAAGGUGGAAGCGGUGGAUACCCAUCAGGUGGUUCCCAAAGACCAUCAACCCAAUACGGACCACCAUCAAGUGGAGGAAACAGUGGGCUCCAGGGUGGUAGCGGUGGAUACCCAUCAGGUGGUUCCCAAAGACCAUCAACCCAAUACGGACCACCAUCAAGUGGAGGAAACAGUGGGCUCCAGGGUGGUAGCGGUGGAUACCCAUCGGGUGGACCUUCAAGGCCAUCAACUCAGUAUAGAACUCCAAGUGGAAACAGUGGGUUCCAGGGUGGAAGUGGUGGAUACCCAUCGGGUGGUUCUUCAAGACCUUCAACUCAAUACGGACCUCCAUCAUCUGGUGGAAACGGUGGGUUCCAGGGUGGAAGCGGUGGAUACCCAUCAGGUGGUUCCCAAAGACCUUCUCAACAAUACGGACCUCCAUCAAGUGGAAACGGUGGGUUCCAGGGUGGUAAUGGUGGGUACCAAGGUGGUUCCCAAAGACCUUCGACUCAAUACGGACCACCAUCAGGUGGAAACGGAGGAUUUGGUGGCGCUCAGAGGCCUUCAACUCAGUACGGAGCUCCAACAGGUGGAAACGGUGGGUUCCAGGGUGGAAACGGUGGGUACCAAGGUGGUUCUCAAGGACCUUCUCAGCAAUACGGAGCACCAGGAGGUGGAAAUGGAGGAUUUGGUGGUGCCCAAAGACCAUCAGGUCAAUACGGACCUCCAUCAGGUGGAAACGGUGGAUUUGGUGGCGCCCAGAGACCUUCAACUCAGUACGGACCUCCGUCAGGUGGAAACGGUGGGUUCCAGGGUGGAAAUGGUGGACACCAAGGUGGUUCUCAGGGACCUUCUCAACAGUACGGAGCACCAGGAGGUGGAAACAGUGGAUUCGGUGGAGCUCAGCGGCCUUCAACUCAGUACGGACCUCCAUCAGGUGGAAACGGAGGAUUUGGUGGCGCCCAGAGACCUUCAUCUCAAUAUGGACCUCCGUCUUCUGGCGGUAACAAUGGAUUUGGUGGAUCUCAAAAACCUUCUCAACAAUACGGAACUCCGUCAACUGGGUUCGGUGGUUCUAACAACUUUGGCGGUUCCACUGGCUCAGGAUCAGGACCAUCUCAACAGUAUGGAACUCCAAGCUUUGGCGGGCAAACCGGAUUCGGAAGCAACGGUCAAUCUGGCGGAUACCAGGCCCCUUCAAGGCCGUCAACAGAGUACGGAACGCCAUCAGCUGGUGGUGGACAGCAAUACGCCAGCAAUGGGGGUUAUCAGUACUAGUUAUCGAACGUGAUAACGUCGAGAAUAAAUCACGAGCCAUGAUUCUACUUAAAUCAACCUCACCGACGAACCCAAAAGAUAUGGUCGCCUACACAUUAUCUUUCAUAAGUAAUCCACUUCUCGAGUCCUCGAAAAUGUCUAAUGAAACGUCGAAAUGACCAUAUAUGGUCCCUUUUUUUAUAUGUAUAUUUGUAUAUUCAUAUAUAUAUUUUUUUAUAUAUAUGUUUGUAAAUUUUGUAUGACUCGAGUGUAAGCUAUUUGGAUUUGGAUCAUCCAUUUUAUUUAUUUUGUAAAAAAGCUUUUUAUACUAAUAAAAAUUGCUAGAAGUAAAAA